AUCGGUCUGUGAUGAGUCCACAAGGAAGGCUCUGAUUGGUCAACCGCUGGAAACCAGGUAGUGGAAACACGACGCGGCACGAGUUUGCACAGUGCUUAACUUGUAUUGAUCGCGUCCAUCAUGGAAACACCCCUGCUUCCUCGUGAGUCCGGCCAGUUCAUAGCAGAAAGGAGUCGGGAUGUGUUUGUGGAGGAGGAAGGAGUGCAGAAGGUGGCAGAGAUGCUCUACACUCUCCGACACAGUGACUGUCUGACUGCCAGUGGCUGGAAGAUGGCAAAUCCAUUGGCCCCAGCACCCACUUCUGACCAGGCUUUGAACUGGGUAUUUGUGGUAGACACCAUGAACUUCUCCUUUUGGCCAGAGAAUGAAAGUCAACAGUGUGAGGUGACCUAUAAAGGGACCAUGUACACAGGCUACAUGACACUGUGUGCUGCCAUCACCAGGGCCAUGGAAGAGGGUAUACCCAUCACUGAUCCGAAGUACUUCUCUCAGAUGAGUGUGGAGGAGUUGGGACAAGUCCUCCGAUCAGACAAUGAAACCCCCAUGCCGAUGCUUCAGGAGCGCCACAAGGUGCUGACUGAAGGCGGUCGCGUGUUGCUGGAACACGGCGGAAGCUUCCGCACUUUUAUCAGCCAAGCCGGGAACGAUGCCCGCAAGAUGGUGGAGCUCAUCGUCGAGAAGAUCCCUUCCUACAGGGACGAAGCUGUGUAUGAGGGGAAGAGAAUCUCACUCUACAAGCGAGCCCAGAUCCUGGUGGCAGAUUUCUGGGGUGUCAUGGAGGCCAGAGGAGAGGGAGACAUCAUUAACAUGGACUGGCUCACCAUGUUUGCAGACUACAGGGUCCCACAGGCUCUUGUCUACCUCGGAGCGCUACGAUACUCUGAUACACUGAUGCAAAUAUUGAAAAACGGCGAGCUGCUGUGUUCAGGGGACAGGAGAGAGGUUGAGAUCCGAGGUUGUUCGAUUUGGUCGGUGGAGCUGAUCCAAGACAGACUUUGCAAGCUGUUGCAGGAGAGAGACGGAGAGACAUGUAACAUCACUUCUGCAAUCAUCGACUUCUACCUGUGGCUUUACGCCAAGCAGCACCACAAAGAGAUGGCCCACAUUCCCAUUCACCACACACGCUGUAUUUACUACUGACAUGCUGGCUGGCAGCAUUACAUACAGUAGGCAGCACUUCUCAGUGUGCAGCCUUGGCACCGGUGCCUUUCUCUGGGAUAAAGCCAAGUAUGUUCCUGUGCCAGAUAUAUGUAAAAAUGGGCUUCUCUCUAGCUGUAAUGGAAACAGGUGUGAAGCUUUAAUUUAGCUUCAUCUGUGUGGGUGGUAGCACUGUUGUUGUUGUCCAUUUACAGUCAAUUAAAAUGUUAGCUGUUGAUGAGAUGGAACAUUUUCUAACAAACUUCUCACUGUAAUGGAGAGCAAGUGAUAUACAUACAUACAUCCAUGUGAACACACUCUGCAUAUCUGCAGUGAUUUGAACUGACACCAAACCGUGAAAAUAAAAUAUUUUGGUUAGA